AUGACGAGCAACACCGAUCGUGACUCGGCGUCUUACCAGCUAGACAUCUCGAAAAAACAGGCAGCCGAACUGAAUAAAACGGGCAGUUCUUCUGCGGGAAAGCGCGGCCAUAUAUUCAACGAUGAGCAAAAUAGUACAUUUGCCAAUCCCACAGAGCGCAACUUGAUGGAAAGUGCCGGCAGAGCGUCUGAAAAGAGGCGGAUCCAUGCCACGGAACAAAUUGCCAACGAAUAUACCACAAAGUGA